GAUUGGCCUACACUCACAAUGGAAAUACAUUUUAGCUGGAACCAAUAUUACAAACCCAGAAAGGAGAAAAUAGGGAAGAUCAAACGACGAAGUUUCACGACAAUUAAUAUCACCUUACCUGUUCAGUUUAUGUUAAAGACAUGAAAUCAAUACACGAGUGUCCGUUUAAGCUAUAAAUAUAAAUUUUGUGUAAACAUGUUGUAGCUUUUGGCAAUAAAUAAUGGCUGACUGAUGUUAAACCGGGUAGCAUUAAAAUUUCAACAGAUGGAUUUAUCGAACGAUCUUCGAGAUGAUUUAGCUGAACAGAUUUUAUUUUAAGAUAAAAAGAAUUUAUAAAAAGAAUGUGGAAUUUUAAACUAAAGAAAUAUUUAUUAUUUAAGAUUGGAAUAGUAAUAAUGACAUUUUUAAUAAUUAACGUGGAUAACACUUCCGCUAACGUACAAACAUACAUUGAUGUUUGCGACGAUGUUAUCAUGAUAGGUACCGAAGAUCAGGCUGCUAGACUUAAGUACUACUACAAACCGAGAUCCAGUCAACUUGUUUGUAACAUUACCAUAGAAACGCUUGAGAGAUAUCAGACACAUGGCGGAUAUUAUCAUAUAGCAUAUACAUUUCUAGACACUGGAAUUGAAAAUAAUUUUAAAUGUACGACUCAUAUUUUUUACAAUAAUGGAUUCUCUUCGAAUAGAUUAUGUGGGAGUAAUGUAUAUCCGGAUGUUGUAGAAAUUACACGAGACAACGUUCUUUACCUCACUGUUACAGGCGAUGGCAAUACUGAUUUUGAAUUUGAUAUGCUAUUUUUGUCAUUCCAUAAUGGUUCCUGUGCUACAUAUGAGACAAGAUGUCAAGGUUUGCUUGGUGAUUCAAACACAGGAUCAGCGUGUGUAGAUUAUAGUCUCGUCUGCCAUGAGACUUACACGUUUUGUGGACAGUCUAAUUCCCAGUGUUCAGAUAUAAUAUCGCCGACAGGAAGUAACAAUACUGUAAUAGCAGUAACUUUAGUAACAUUAGUGGCUGUUCUUUUCACUGGUUUGAUCUGUUUUCUGUGUUAUAAAAAGAACUUCUGCAGUUUUUUGAAGCGGGACGAGUCGGAAGAUGUACGUACUACAGCCAGGAAUAUUUUCAGUGUUCAGCUUGCCACCCGAGGUGUGGAUGGUAAUGACAACGCUGCGGCUACGGACGAUGAAGGAAACCCGAUAGAUUUCAGUCAGUUUGAUCCUCCCCCUGAAUAUGGUUCUCUAGAACAUUUAGAUAACGCUGGUGUGAUUAAAACAGACGGAAAUGCAAAUCCGGAUGAAGUGCUUCCAAGUUAUAGUGACGUCAUGAGGAAUUUCGAUAAUUACACGGUAACUACACAAAUCUGAACAUGCAGAAGAUGUUUUAUGGCAAAAUAAUAUGCUACGAGUCGUGUUCUAUAACAAGAGCUGUCCGUAAGACAGCCAAGCUCGACUAUUCGAAAUAUUGUCCCAGAAGCAGGAAAAUAUUACCCAAAAAGGUUAAAUAUCAAAAGAGUUUUAAGUUCAAAAGGGGAAAUAAUUUGACCAAAAUGCAUAUCAGUUAUGGGACUUGCUGCUAUCAACUAGUUUUAUAACCCCGAAGACACAUGUGAAGUUUCAAUUCAAUAUCUGCAUUAGUUUUGGAGAUAGAAACUUGCAUGUAAAACUUUAACCAGAAUUUUCUAAGUCCAAAAGGGGGCAUAAUUUGCCCAAAAUACAUGCCAGAGUUAUGGGACUUGAUCCAGUGAGGUUAGUAAUUGAUCUAGAAAAAGAAAAAAAUAAGUUUCAAAUCAAUAUGCCUUUUAGAAAUAGCUGUAUGUACUUGCACGCAAAACUUUAACCAGAAUUUGCUAAGUCCAAAAGGGGGCAUAAUUUGGCCAAAAUGAAGGUCAGAGUUAUGGGACUUGCUGCUAUCAACUAGUUUUAUAACCCCAAAGACACAUGUGAAGUUUCAAAUCAAUAUCUGCGUUAGUUUUGGAGAUAAUAACUUGCAUGUAAAACUUUAAAAAAAAAAUUUCUAAGUCUAAAAGGGGGCAUAAUUUGCUCAAAAAACAUAUCAGAGUUAUGGGUCUUGACCCAGUGAGGUUGGUAAUUAGUCUAGAAAAAGAAAAAGUAAGUUUUAAAUCUAUAAAUUAUGUCUUUUAGAAAUAGCUGUAUGUGCUUGCACGCAAAACUUUAACCAGAAUUUUCUAAGUCCAAAAGGGGGCAUAAUUUGGCCAAAAUGAAAGUCAGAGUUAUGGGACUUGCUGCUAUCAACUAGUUUUAUAAUCCCGAAGACACAUGUGAAGUUUCAAAUCAAUAUCUGCAUUAGUUUUGGAGAUAGUAACUUGCAUGUAAAACUUUAACCAAAAUUUUCUAAGUCCAAAAGGGGGCAUAAUUUGCUCAAAAUACAUGUCAGAGUUACGGGACUUGACCCAGAGAGGUUGGUUAUUGACCUAGAAAAAGAAAAAAAUAAGUUUCAAAGCUAUAUGCCUUUAAUUGAUGGCUGUAUAUACUUGCAUGCAAAAACUUAACCAAGGUGUGACGCCGACGCCGACACCGACGUCGACGCCAGGGUGAUUAGAAUAGCUAGACUAUUCUUCGAAUAGUCGAGCUAAAAAUGUUUACAUUAGCGCAGAAUCUGCACCUUCUUUCUACCUUCAACGUGAACAUACCGGCGCGAUUCAUACUUUUGAAAAAGGAGACUCUACUAUAACCGAGUACAAAUCUGCAUUUUAAAGGGACUGACCCAUACAUUUUAGGCAAAAAAAAAAUAAGCCUCUCAAAAAUCCAUAAAAUGUGAAUACUCUGAAAGUGACUAGUGGUCGAAAUAAUGCAGAAAAUGUACAUUCUUCUUGCAUUUUUAUUAAUAUUUUACUUCUAUUUUCACUUAUUUUAUCAUUUUUUUCCGACAGUCACAUUCUAUGCCAAACUUGUUGGAUAUGAAACAUGUUGAAAAUUUUUACCAAAACUGUUGGCCAAGAGCUUUAAAGCACGAAACUGGAAUUAUUCUGGUUCAAUUCAGUUUUCCUUUUAUUACCUCUUAAAGUUUGCCUCAAAAGACAUUGUGCAUGAAAUACACCGUGCAUAUGGAACAUGAUGGGGUUCAUUGAAUGAAAUCCAAAAUCAGUGUAUAUUGACUUAUACAUUGAUUACUUUUUACAGAGAUAUGAUGUUGAUCCUACACAUUUACUAUUCUAUAAACUAUAUUUUUACGGUUUUAAGUUUUAUUCACACGUUUAUGUGUGCAUGUAUAUUAUAGCAUGCAUUUAGGCAUUUGCACAAUUAACAAUCUUUAAGGCGUAUAAAAUAUCGCUUUUUUUACACUAUUUUAAAUUUUAUACAAUAUUGUUACAUGAUAUGUUAAAUAAAAAUAACAAACUUCUGUUUUCCGAUAGAUUUUGUUUCAUUUUACCAAACUAUAUUUGACACUCUCAAUGCGUUACAAUCAUUACCUUUCAAAUGACUAGAUGCUGUAAGUGUUUGUAACUGGAAAUAUGGUACUGCCUGAAGGCUGUUCCGGACUACCACACUUAUUUAUCAUAGAUUUAGUGUCUUAUGAAUAACCCAAGAGCAACGCCACAAUACCAUUCAACCCGACUCACUCAGUCAGACUGGCCGAGAUAAAAAUUAUGAGCAUAGAUGACCCGGGAAAAUUCCUUGCAUUUCAAUGACUAUAAUACUAAGCUUCUCAUUUUCCACACAAUUUUUAUAAAGGCUUUUGAACAUUUUAAAAAACUGGUCUCUAUAUACAUGUCUUUCCUAACUUUCGCUAUUUCUCACCCAUGAAUUCUGUGGUUAAACCUUCCGUUACCUCAGUGCAUCCUGCUCUCAACCAAUAAAUGAUAUAAUUAUGUAUACUUAAUCCUUGAACCCAAUACGAAUAUCAUUUCUUCGUCCCUUGGCUAUAUGCUGUCUACUAAAAUAUCCCUUUGCCAACAACCAACAUUUCUUCAACUGGCUUACUGUAAGUAAAAGUUGUCUGGAGCAAACGAUUCGCCGUCUCGUAUCACAGUCAGAGCUCUUCUAGACCGCCUACCACAAAAAAACAAUUUUGAUCUUACGGUGUUAAACGGGAUACAUUAACUCGAUUAGAGACAAUUCGAGCGACAAGACAAACAUUUCAUUCGAGAAUCCCCGAUGACCCUUAGAUCGAUCAGCUUGUCAUCCUUUGUUAACUUGCCAUAAAAUUAUUGUUCUAAAUCAUCGGUUCUAAGCGAAGAUUGAAUCAGUUGAUAUGCCCAUUGAGUAAUAAAUGCAAUAAAAUUAAGAUGAAAGAAUUUUGACAAAUUAAGUGUUAGAAUUUGAUAUCCACUUGAGGAUUAAGCUACUAUUCUAAAGUAGCUUUUAGGAUUAUUUCUCGCUCACAUUCAUUUCAGCUAUCGAAUGAAUGCUUUGAUUCAACAUUAAAUGAAAAUAAUAUGUAAUUCAGUUUUAUUGUCUAUUUACACAAGUGCGAGUGUAAAAUUCAAUUGUUUUAGACGAAAUUAAUUAGGCGGAAAGAAGCUAUAACAUGUUUAGCUUGAAAUUUUGAAACACAAGUAAAUUUCUGCUAAUCUUAGGAAGAAGAAAGAGGAGGAAGUAUAGAGUUUAAACAUACAGGAGUACGCUUGAUGCGGAUACAGACAUUCUUGUAACGUAAAGUUGUCCAUGAUGGUCAAGGUAUUUCAAAAACGUACCUUCAUAACAACAAAAUCAAAAUUCUAUGUAACAGUUAAUGUAGGCCUGAACUUGUUUAUGUUGUAAUAAUAUUGAUAGUGUGAGAAAUAGUGAUCAGUCAAACCUAGUCCCAAUCCGUUUGUCUAGUUGCCUCCCCUGACGGCCCGUCCACAGAUACAUCACGGUUGGUCUAGUCUAAACUAAGUCGACCAUUAUUCAAAUGGAUUGCACUGUUAUUAAAGCAUCGCAUUUGUCGAAUUUUCAAGUCUUCACGGUUACUAAUUAUAUACAUUAACGGAAUAUUAGAGCCACAUGUAAAGCAUUUUUUUCUUUUGCUUGGAGCGGUCCUCAACGGCUGUUUUCGUUCUUUCCAUGUAUGGACAACCAACUGUGUAUUACAUAAGCGGCAAUGUGAGCUUAAUAUUGACGGUAUUUUUGUAAGGUAGCCGGACAAGGAGACAUAAACACGCCCGCAUAUAGACAAACGUAGCAUCCCUUGCGGUGGCGCAUUAAUACUUGCCAUAAGCAUUAUUUGGAGAUGUUCAUAAAAUAACAUAAUUCGCACAUUAAUUGACAUAUUAACUUGCUAAUACACUUCGGCUGAUAUCGGUUGCAAUAUAUAUUUUAUUGAUAGGCAAUGCGAACACUGUUAAUAGAGCAGAGUAUAAAUUCAUCUUCAUAACGCUUUCAUUGCGAGAUAGUUCCGUCAGAUCUCAUUCUUCGAAAUGUCUGCAAAACGUCCAGUUCCGAGAAAAUAUAGUCAUAAACCCAAGAACAAAUUUGCUGCUAAUAUGAUUACAAGGGACGUCAUUAGUUUUGUUACAAAUAGAUUCGUGUUCAGUUAGCUCAUUUCCCGUUUCGCGUAGAGCUAAUAUGUCAUCUAGUAUUAAAUGUAAUGGCGCGAAAUGAGAUAAUUAGAAUAGGAUUUUGUGACAAGUUUCGCGUCAGCCCGCGUCGCUUCCCGCCAAAUAAAUUCAAUUAGACAGGAAAUAAGCGAAAUAGGAUUUGAAUAAGUGAUCUCGGUUAUGUGCAAUUAAUUUCUAAGUAGUUUUGAUUGAAUUUAACGCAAUUUCUGAACAGUCUUGCGACGUUUAUUGGAUUCGAAAGUUGUUCUUGAUUAUAAAUUAGACACAAUCAGAGUUUUAUUUUCUCUCCACUUCAAACGAAUUAAUGAUAAAUGCAAGCAGCUCGAAUUAACUGAGUUUUCCCGAGACAUUGGGCACAAAAAUGGGCAAAAAUUGGUUCCAAUCAGAGAUCAAUGUCGAGACCAGAGAGCACGUUUAUCUUGCUAUGUGUCUCAUCACGAUGAAAUGGGUCAUCUAAAUUUUCCUUUUUUUCUAAGCAUUUUACGAUAAAUCAGAUAUUUUUAUUAAGCUUUUUAACCUCAACAGUAUAUUAUCUGUAAUAUAAUUUGUUUUGUGAUAUUGUCAGUUUAUAGGAUCACAGUUCGGCAAUAUUUUUCAAAUUUAAUUGGUGCCAACUGCUCAUUUACUUUUUUAAAGGACCCUGUUGGAUAUAAUUUGUAAAGCUUUCAAGGGUCAUCCUGAGAUAUUAACUGUAACACAAUUUAUAGAAUACACUUUAUAAUGUCCAAAGUAUGUUUUAUUGCCUGAGAUAUGUUUUGUUUAAAAACUGUGAUGCCAAAUUUAUAUUGUCCAAUGUUACAUUGAUUUUAUCAUUUUACAAAUGUACACAUAUAUUCUCACGAAUAAAUCAUUGAAUCAAAUCAAA